AUGAGCACCAUCACAUUUUAUUUCGCAUUAUUAAAAUCAGUUUUAAUUCCCCUUGAAAAUCAGAUCGAAGGAGGUACAAGAGCAUAUAAGCUGAAAAAUCGUAGAUGGUUUCAUCACAAUCUUGAGGGGAUCCAAGCGGAGAAACUACUUCUUGAAAAAGGAGAUCCAGGUAGUUUCCUUGUGAGACCUAGUUGGACGAACCCUGGGAACUUUACCCUGUCUGUCCGUCGAGAGGACUGUGUUACUCACAUCCGGAUUCGGAAUACAGGGGAUUUCCUUGACCUCUAUGGCGGCGAAACGUUUGCGACCCUUUCCGAAUUGGUUGAUUACUAUCGUGAAAAUCAUGGUGAAUUGAAGGAAAAAAAUGGUUCCAUAAUCGAAUUGAAGUACCCAUUAUUUUGUCAAGAUCCACUGGCAGAAAGCUCUCGGUGGUUUCACGGUCCGAUGUCCAGAAGUGAAGCGCAAAAACUUUUACUAGAAAAGGGUAAAAAUGGUAGCUUUCUCGUACGGGAAUCUAUUCAAAAACCUGGUUCAUAUGUUCUUUCCGUUGCAACCGGUGAUCAGGUGUCGCAUAUUCUCAUCAACCGUAAAAAAGACAACAAAUUUGAUGCCGGUGGUGGUCAUCAGUUUUUAACGCUCAAAGAGCUUAUCGAUUUCUACACUGCAACUCCGAUGGUCGAAAAGAAUGGAGGACUGGUAUACCUGAAACAGCCUUUCAAUGCGACUCGUCUCAACGUCUCCACUAUAGACAAACGCAUACGACAACUUGAAUGCGAAAAUGUCAAUGGCAGGCACUUGGCCGGUUUUCAUGAGGAGUUUGAGGAGUUGCAUCAAGACAUUCAUGAUACCAAAGCCAGGAGUCGUCUGGAGGGAGCGAAAGCCUACAAUUUAGACAAAAAUCGCUAUAAAAAUAUCCUCCCCUUCGAUCCAACCCUUGUUCGUCUUCUUGACGGCGAUCCCAACAUCCCUGGCUCCGACUACAUCAAUGCGAAUUACAUCAGUUGGCCAGACUCCCUAACUGAAAGCCUUCUUGGCGGUUCAACCACGGUGGAUCCUUUGCCACCAAAAACUGCAAGAGGCAGUCCUGCACCUCUAUCGCCGUCUUCUUCAUCCUCCUCCUCGGGUCCGCGGUACAUCGCCACACAGGGCACCUUGCCGAACACAAUUGUGGACUUCUGGCGCAUGGUGUGGCAGGAGCACAGUGCUAUCAUCGUCAUGAUCACCAAGGAGGUGGAAAGAGGCAGAAAUAAGUGCUCGAGAUAUUGGCCAACACCGGCACAACCCACUUUGGAAUUGCCCAGCUACGGUGGAACACUGCGAGUUCGCCACCUUACGGAGCAGAACUUGGAGACGUACACCCUGCGUGAGCUCCAUCUCUCUCGCGAUCCUCCCGCCACCACCACCACCACCAACAACAACAACGCCAGUGGUGAUGCCAAGGGCUUCGUGGUCUACCACUAUCAAUUUCAUGCCUGGCCUGACCACGGGACACCUGCUGAUCCCUCCUGUGUGCUUAACUUCAUGUUUGACAUCUCCAAACGCAUGGAGGGUCUCGCGGAAUGCGGUCCAAUGGUAGUGCAUUGCAGCGCAGGCAUCGGUCGAAGUGGCACCUUCAUUGUGAUAGACAUGCUUAUCAACUACAUUAAGCGUUAUGGUCUGCAAUGUGACAUUGACAUCUCACGCACCGUUCAGGCGGUUCGAGAGCAGCGUUCCGGUAUGGUGCAAAUUGAGACACAAUAUCGUUUUAUCUACAAGGCUGUGCAAAAUUUUGUCUCCACUCUCUCACAGCGGCUCCAAUUGCACAAUGAGCUUCAUCCCCUCGGUGUGGACUACACAAACAUAAAUCAAGCGCCGGCAGAUUUGAUGCAAACCCAACGACCCGAUUCCACCUCCCCAGUGGACAGUAGACUUGCCUCCACCUCACCUCGUUUUGCCAAAAGUGGUUCAUUUCCGCGUAAGUCAGAUCUCUGUGUUCCACCAUCCUACCCCAAAUCCAUUUGUGCAAAUGCGGAGCACUAG